AUGAACAAGCUAAUGAUAGUAAAAUUCCUGUUUGUCAUAUAUUUAUGUCAAUGCGUACGUGCUGAAGUAAUACAAGCUGGAACGCCUGAAGUUUGUGAAUUGAAACUAGACGGGAAUCUAAAGCUCCUAUCCGUGAAUGAAUCAUGGAUAAAUACAAAUAAUCCGUGCAUUAGUUAUCGAUGCAAUUCUGAUGUGAAGAUUGAAAAGGUUCAGAAGGAAUGCAACUCAACAUGUGACAUUAAUUUUGUGUACAAAACAGUUCCGGGUGAAUGCUGUGGCAAGUGCUAUGCCGCAUUGUGCAUUGAUGGAAAUACUCAAGAGUCAUUUAUGGAAGGAGAUGUAUGGAAGAGUGCUGACAAUUGUACAAUUAAUGAAUGCGUUAGUGACGGACUUGAAGUUCGCAUAAAUUAUUAUGAAAAGUCUUGUCCGAAAUUGAGGAACUGUCCUAGGGAUAAUAUAGAGUCUAGAGAUUGUUGUCCAUACUGUAACUAUCGUCAGCAAAGAUCAUCAUCAACUCAGAUAAAUCAAGUCGAACUUACCGAUCGAGACAAUUACCGUUCACAUCCAUGCCUCAGAGACUGCAAAAAAGGAGAAUCACUUACCUGCCACUAUGAUUUUAUUAUUGAGCAAUACGAAACAAUGAGUAAAGCAUGCUACAACUGUCCUCGAAAUAUGACUGACUGCUAUCGACCACACUGCAUAUCUGCUGAUGGAAUGAGAAGAAGCAUUAUUGUUGUUAAUAGAAUGUUUCCUGGACCUACCAUUGAAGUCUGUCUAAACGACACAAUUGUCGUUGAUGUCCAAAACCAUUUAAUGUCUGAAGGAACUUCAAUUCAUUGGCAUGGAAUGCAUCAAAGACUUUCCCCAUUCAUGGAUGGUGUUCCACAUAUUUCUCAAUGUGCUAUAUAUCCAGGACAAACGUUCCGUUACAGUUUCUUAGCUGAUAAUCCAGGAACUCAUAUGUGGCACUCACAUUUAGGACUUCAAAGAAGUGAUGGACUUGUUGGUCCAUUAAUUGUUCGAGAAGUUGAAGAGUUUCAUGAAAGUUUGUAUGAUUUCGAUGUCUCGGAGCAUAUUCUGUUGACAAUGGACUGGAUCCAUGAGCCUGUAAAUUCAAAGUUCACAGCACAUUAUCAUGGGCGUGGUGACAAUAAGCCUUCGAAUGUUUUGAUUAAUGGACGUGGAAAAUAUUAUGGAAAUUUGACAGCACUUGCGAAACUAUCUACAACAACUAAAGGAAGUGAUCAAAUUAGCUCGACAGCCGAGAUAUCCGAAAAAAGUUUAAAUCUACAGAAUAAGGAAGAAGAAUUCAUAAUAAUCACAGAAGAACUAGCAACAGCAACGGAAGAAAUUCAGACAACCACAGAAAUUCCAGUUACAGACAUCCUAGAAACAACAACUUACAACUAUGGACAUGAGACUUACCAUUAUCAUCAGCCUAGCCAUCGAUUUAAAAGAGCAUUAGCACCAGCAGACGAGGAUUCACCUUUAGUUCCAUAUGAAACCUUCAAUGUUGUCAAAGGAAAUCGAUAUCGAUUCCGUCACAUUAAUGCAGGCUUCCUUAACUGCCCGAUAGAAUUAUCAAUAGACAAUCACACAAUAACUGCAAUUGCUACAGAUGGAACUAACAUAAAACCGAAAGAAGUAACAUUUUUGGUCAGUUAUGCUGGAGAGCGUUGGGACUUUAUUGUCAAUGCAAAUCAAGAAGUCGGAAAUUACUUUAUAAGAGCUCGUGGGAUGCUUGAUUGUGCUUCUACAAGUUCCUUUCAAAUGGCAGUUUUGCAUUAUAAUGGAGCUGGUGAUGAAAUUCCAGCUGGGAAUCCAAAAAGUUACAAUUUCAAUAGAAGUGGAACUACACUAAAUGCUUUAAAUGCUCCACAUGGAUCUAGUGGAUCAAUUACUGUUGCUGAGACGAUGGCUGUUGAGAAGACAGAGAAUUUAAUAUCAAAACAGGAACCGGAUGUUAAGUUUUAUCUUUCUUAUGAUUUCUAUGCUAAAGACAAUUCACUUUUUCAUCCUGCUGGACUUUAUGGAUUUGAUAAUGUGACAUUCGGGAAAAUCUACACGCCACAAAUCAACCAUAUUUCUAUGAAACUUCCGCAUAUCCCAGCAAUGAUUGUCCAAGACUUGCUAGAGCAUCAAUUUUGCAAUGCAUCAUCACUAGAAGCUCAAGGAAUCAACUGCAAGGAAACAUUCUGUCAAUGUACCCAUGUUCUUCAAGUUCCUUUAAAUUCUUUGGUUGAGAUGAUUUUAAUAGACGAAGGAGUUGUGUACGAAGCUAAUCAUAUGUUUCAUUUGCAUGGAAACUACUUCCAUGUUGUAGGAAUGGACAGAAUCGGAACUAAUGUUUCACUAGAACAAAUUAAAGAGCUUGAUAAAGCAGGAAAGUUAAAACGGAAGUUUGCAGAUUCUGUGAAGAAAGAUACAGUCACUGUACCUGAUGGUGGAUAUACAAUCAUCAGACUUUUUGCUGACAAUCCUGGACUUUGGCUUAUGCAUUGCCAUUUAGACUUCCAUGCUGAAAUAGGAAUGGCAGUUAUCUUAAAAGUUGGAGAAUUUGAUGAAAUGCUGCCAGUGCCAAGAGGAUUUCCUACGUGCCAAGAUUAUUCUCCAUCUGACGAAGUUUUCUCGUCAGGAUCAAAAGUCUUCAUUUCUUCAUUGCCUAUUUUACUACUUACCUGUGUACUUACAAAUGUCUUCAGCUAG